GGCGGGGUCGCUCCGAGUCUCGCGGUGGCGUCCGCCGCAGGCUGGGCAGGGGCGCGCGGCGUCAGCCUCCGUUCUCUGCAGCCCCGGCGUCUCCGACCCGCGCUCUCACGCCCGGGCUGAAAGGUGUCGGCCUGGAGCCUCAGGCCGCCCUGUGCGCGAGGUUGGAAGGACCAGGGUUCUUGACUGUGUGGCCUGGAGCCCGUGUCGGCGCGUUCUAGGCCUCGGGAAACGACUGGACGUGACAGCGCCUUGUAGACCGGUCGCAGGUCUCAGGCAGCCCCCAGUGCACCCAUGAAGCCGUUCACCCCACCACGUCCUAGUGAGCCGUGUAACUCAUAAUGUGGAUCGUUGUAGCCUUCUGUCUGAUGCCUGGAAACGCUGUGCACAUUUCCGAUUUGUGAAAUUGGUGUAAUAGAGAAUAGUGUCGGUUCGGAGUUGGAUGACCCCGGUUCACGUACCAAAUAUGUGUUCUUUGGCAAAUAACCGAAAUUGUUUUCUCAUCCAUUACAUAUAGGUAGCAAAAGUGACUACUUUGUACAGUUGUUGAGGAUUAAGUGAGGUCGCCAUCUUCAGUGCCUGCUAUGUAGUAAGCAAUGAAUAAAUGGCAGCUAUUAUUCCCAACUCCCCAUCACACCUCAUAAACAAAAAACUAGAACAGGAGGCACCUGCCUGGUGAAACUAGCUACUCGUCAAGGUGGUCUCGCCAUGCUUAAGACCUCAGGAAACUCAUCCCUUUCUGUGGACUCAGGGUCUUUGGGGAUCCUUUAUCAUAUACUACCUUCCAGUAGUUUACCAUGGAUGUCUAGGGUUUUUUCUCAGAUAUUUUAAGCUCCUAGAAGACUGGACCUGCCCUGUCUCCUCAGAACUGGGCUGUAUACACAGCAAGGGCUUGAACAAUGCAGAGGCAAAAAUAACAAACUUUUCUAUGUAUCUUUACCUCUACAAUCGUUUCUUUGGUAUUACUGCAAAAUAAGGGGCGCAGAAAGAAUUAGUCUAACUUUGCAACAUGUACUUUGAGGCUCAUGCAGAUAAAAAUGACUACUAAAAUCAAGAGAGGGUGGCACUACAAAAGUCAAGGUCUUUUGCCCUUAAAGUCUAGUUCAGUUUCCUCUCAAUCACAAUACAUUAAUAAUGAGGGUUAUACCAUUAGUUUGUUAGCCUAUUCAAACAGGAGUGUGAAUGGGUUUGUUGAACAUACUGGGUUGUUUUACAUUUUUAGGCAGCUUGGAUUAAUUAGGAGAAAGUCAAUUGUACCAGCAAAUGGAAAUCUAGGAAGCAGCAAAUCCAAGCAGUUGUUUGACUACUUAAUUGUCAUUGAUUUUGAGUCGACAUGCUGGAAUGAUGGGAAACACCACCAGAGCCAGGAAAUAAUUGAAUUUCCAGCAGUAUUGCUGAACACAUCCACUGGAGAGAUUGAAUCUGAGUUCCACGCUUAUGUUCAGCCUCAAGAACAUCCAAUUCUUUCUGAAUUUUGCGUGGAACUGACAGGCAUAAAGCAGGCUCAAGUUGAUGAAGGAGUCCCUCUGAAGAUUUGCUUAUCUCAGUUCUGUAAAUGGAUUCAGAAGAUUCAGCAACAGAAGAAAAUUACUUUUGCUUCCGGGGUUGCAGAUCUUUCUACUUCCGAAGUAAAAUUAUGUGCAUUUGUUACUUGGUCAGACUGGGACUUGGGGGUUUGCCUGGAGUAUGAGUGUAAAAGAAAACAACUGUUAAAACCUGUGUUCUUGAAUUCUUGGAUUGAUCUCAGAGUAACUUACAAGAUUUUCUAUAAGAGAAAACCAAAAGGACUAAGUGGUGCCCUGCAGGAAGUGGGACUAGAAUUCUUGGGACGAGAACAUUCUGGGUUGGAUGAUUCUCGGAAUACUGCCCUUCUUGCUUGGAAAAUGAUCAGGGAUGGUUGCUUCAUGAAAAUUACAAGGCCCUUGAAGAAGGUCCCCACUAAGAAGAAUCCCAACAUUUUGGCCAGAAAUUUGAAUACAAAUCAAGUUGAAGAAACAUUGGCCUGCAACAGUAACAUUCAGGGUCCCAGCAUAUUUGAUAGUGAGCCUAAAAAUACAAUAAAUCCUCAUGAAAAAGUUAAAAUGACAUCAGUUGGUGUGAAUCCUCCUAUAAAGGUACAGCAAGAUCAGUUACAACUAAAGAACGACAUAAAAGUGGAUCUUCACAAUGUCAAAAGCUGUUUCUCUCUUUUCAAUACUAAGUCCUCCACAUCUCUGGGGCAGUUGCAGUCUCCCAGUUUGGAUACACCUAUGCAGAAGCAAAUAAAAAAUGAACGUCUUGCAUUUAAUACCAAAUCUAAGUCUUCAGCAAUUGGUUCAGAAUUGGUACGUGUUUCAACUACCCUUUCAUCUGUUAAUCAUGUUUCUGAUACAGAAAUGAGUUCUGCUCUUGACUGUUUACCUAUGUUGGCUGAUUGGGAGGAUAUAGCUUUACUGCCAGCUUCUCAGCCUGAGCAAAGUGUAGAUUUUAUGCCUGCCAUUAGUGACUCAAACUUAGAUACUUCAUUUAAUUCUGGAGAAAGAUUAAUGGUUUUAAAAGAGUCUGAAAUGCUGAGUCAUGAAAACUUGGGAGGCACAGAAGAAACUUGUCAAAAAUCUGAAACCUCUCAGUCUAUUGUGUAUAAGAGUCCACACACUACUAUUUAUGAUGUAAAAGAACCCAAAAAUCCAGGUUCAGAUGUUUCUGACUUUAAAUUACCUGAAUGCAAAUCAAGUAGCUUCAACAGCGUUAAUGCCAGUAUGUCUCAUCCUUCAGUUUUGGGAAAACGUCCUCUUCUUUUAGGUGGUACUGAAAGGAGUCCAUCCGUUCCCUCAGCUUUCCCACCAGCCAAAAACCAGACCUUCACUAGUCAUGAAGAAAAGCCCACAUCAUCUCUUGGCUCCCCAGGGAGAAGGUCUUCCCAGAAGGUUCUCCCCUCUGUCUUAACUUCUACAGUUAACCUACGAGAGCCUUGGAAGAGUGGGAGGAUGACACCUCCUUUAUGCAAGUGUGGCCGAAGAUGUAAGAGACUUGUUGUUUCUAAUAAUGGACCAAACCAUGGAAAAGUCUUCUACUGUUGCCCUAUUGGGAAAUACCAAGAAAACAGAAAAUGCUGUGGUUAUUUCAAAUGGGAACAAACACUUCAAAAGGAAAGAGCCAAUAGCAUAGUUCUGCCUCAUUCCCCAGGGGGACUCGCGUUUAGUUCUCCAGAAAUAAGCCCUAUUUGUGACAGAAAUGUAAAUUUUUCUACUGAAAAUUCAUUAAGACUCAGACCUUCAAUGAGGAAUUGAUAAACUUUUUUACAUCUAAACUAUAUUUUUACUUUAAUGUGACUUUUAGUAUAGUAAAGAGAAAAAAGUGUAUAGGGCUACAAGUUAGGAGGAUUUAUCAUACAUAGUCUGUAGGUGACACUGAGGCUACUAAACACAUAGACUGAAAAAAGGAAAAACAAAUUUCACAGGCUUCUAAUUUCAUUCACCAGUUAUCUAACAUCUGUCUUCUGUUCAUGUAUCUUUCCUGGUUGUUCCUUGAAUUCCCAAACAUCAUGAGUAUUCUAAUAAUGUCUUACCCUAUUUAAUUUAUAUUUCAUAUAUUACCAUUUGCCAAAUUUAUCAUACUUUUUUGAAGAACCACAAAUGAAGUAUUCUGUAAACUAUAUUUAUUAAAUUAAAUAUAAUAAGCAA